CACUGUGACUUUUAUUUCCAAGUCCUGGAAUCCGGAAUGAGACUGACCGCAAUCCCACAUGGAUUACACUCGUUUCGCUGCUUUUUCUUCUUUGUUUCUGCCUUAGAGGAAAACUUUCUCACCAACUGUUUUCAAGCGGGGCUGAUUUCAAGGGGCCGAGCCAUGAGUGGCCUGUUGAGAUGGACGUCUUUCCUCUGGAUCGUACAUUUCGCUCCUGGCGCUCUUGGAAUGGUAGUGAGUGAACGGACAGAUGGCUCUUGUCCCCCUCUGAGUGUAGAGGAGCACAUGUUUUCUGAUGUGUUGGAUCGUCCCCUGGACAUUACAGGAUUUGAUCUCAAAGAAAAGUUUCUUCCGCAAAAGGGGACAAUCACAGAGGAGCUGCCGUCAUUUCGCUUAGGAAGCAGUCGACUCAUUCAGCCGACAAAAGUAAUAUUUCCAAAUGGGAUUUCAAGCGAGUACUCCCUUGUUACCAUCUUCCGGGUCAGAAGAACUACAAAAAAAGACCGUUGGUUUCUUUGGCAGAUAUUGAACCAGUCGAGGGCCAGUCAGGUAUCUGUUGUUGUUGAUGGGGGCAAGAAAGUGGUGGAGUUUUCUUUCCAUGGGCUACUACAGAACGUUGUGCACUACACAUUUAAGAGCCGUGACCUACAUGCCCUCUUCGAUCGCCAGUGGCACAAGCUGGGCAUUUCGGUACAGAGCAACAUUGUCUCCAUUUACAUGGACUGCAAACUGAUAGAAAGGAGACUCACGGAUGAGAAGGACAGCCUUGACCCCAGUGGGAGCACUCUCAUCGCCACACGAGUCGAGGAUGGACGACCCGUUGAUAUUGAACUGAGACAAUUAUUGAUCUACUGUGACCCUUAUAUGGCGGAAAUGGAAAAUUGCUGUGAGCUACUGGAUCCUAAGUGUGAAGCCAAGAAGACCUUUAAUGGGACUUCCCCUCCCCUGGUUACAGCCCAGCUCCCCGAGGCGCUGUCUCUCCCAGCUUCACAGUCUAUUGACAGAUGUCACUGUCCAGCUGAAAAGGGAGAUGCUGGUGUUCCAGGUGUAGCUGGAGUGCCAGGAAUAAAAGGAGAGAAAGGAGACAAGGGGGACGCGGAGGAGGCCAGGCCUUCAGGAGAGCCAGGGCAGGAGGGGGAACUUGGAUCAGAUGGGAAAAUGGGAAUCAAUGGGGAGAAGGGUGAUGUUGGUCUGCCAGGAGCUCCGGGGCCGACUGCUGACAAAGAAUGUCUCAAAGGAGAUCAGGGGCCCCCGGGGGACAAAGGAGAAAAGGGGUCGACUGGGGUGCCGGGUCACCAAGGGGAACCGGGCAAAGAGGGCAAAAGGGGAAGGAGAGGAAAGACCGGGGAGCCUGGACUCAGAGGCCUGCCUGGUACCCCAGGAACCGCGGAAGGAGCAAGUAUCAAGAUGGAGAAUUGGGGGUCCGCAGUGCCGCGGGGAAAAGGGGAGCGAGGAGAACCUGGUCAGCCAGGUGCAGAUGGGGCAGGAGGGAUGAAAGGACCAAAAGGUGAUAUUGGUCCUCCUGGCCCUCCUGGUCCUCCUGGUCCCGUGAUGGCAGCUCAUGGAUUGAGACAGCUCUCUGGAACUGAUGCGAUGAUGGAGAGGAGCCUGAAGGGAGAAAAGGGAGAUGAGGGGGAGAGAGGAACUCAAGGACCGCAAGGCUUCAAGGGGGACAUCGGGCAGCCGGGACUCACGGGGGAUCAAGGACCAGAGGGUAAGCAAGGCCUGCCUGGACCCGCUGGUCUCCCAGGACUCCCAGGCGAGCCAGGCUCGCCGGGGGAGUCAGGGUUGCCUGGGAGAGAUGGCCUGAAGGGAGAAAAGGGGGACUUUAGUGGAGCGACGGGGCCACAAGGACCUAAGGGAGAGCCUGGAGAGCCUGGGGGUGGAUACAUGGGCGAUGGUUUGUCUUUAAGCAGAGCGACCCGCGGGCCCAAGGGUGAGAGAGGUGUCCCAGGACUGCCAGGUGACCAGGGUGAAAAGGGCGAACCUGGAGAAAGUAUCAUGGGCUCGCCUGGCCGCACGGGACCCGAAGGAAAGCCGGGAAUUGAGGGCCCUCGAGGAACCCCAGGUUUAUCUGGCCCUCCUGGAGCUUCAGGGAGAGAGGGCUCCCCUGGUAGGCCAGGACCCCCGGGCCCUGCUGGACCCCCGGGUGAACCAACCCCCCUGCCAAUUGUUGGAGACAUGGGGGCAUUACUCAAGAAUGCCUGCAGCGUGUGCCAGACCAGAGUCCCCGGGCUUCCCGGGCAGAAGGGGGAGAAGGGGCCCCAGGGGCCGCAAGGAGAGGACGGCGUAGUGGGGGAAAAGGGGGAUCCAGGUGUAAGAGGUCCUAUGGGAAACCCUGGGAAAGAAGGCCCAAAGGGAGUAAAAGGCGAGAGAGGCUUUUCAGGACCCACGGGAGAUAAAGGGGAGGAGGGGACUCAUGGAGUGCCAGGACUUCCUGGUGUGUCCGGUCGCACAGGAGCCCCAGGGCUCAUGGGUAGACCGGGGCCAGUGGGCCCACAUGGAAGCAAAGGAGACAAAGGAAGUGAAGGACCCUCGGGCAGACCAGGGCUUCCAGGGCCUCCGGGUGUGCCGUACGCGGAGGGGAACGGCAUGAGCAGCCUGUACAAACUGCAGAGUGGUGGAGCUAUUUUAGGACCUCCUGGAGCUCCCGGCGCUCCGGGUCCCAAAGGAGACGAAGGACUUGCAGGGGAACCAGGGGCCAUGGGAUUACCCGGGCUUGAAGGGUUAACCGGUGCAAAGGGCGAUAAUGGUGUGCCUGGUCCACCUGGGGCACAAGGCUUUUCAGGGAAGCCCGGCACUCGUGGAGAGCCAGGGAUCCCAGGAGAGCCGGGGGAGAGGGGGCCGCUCGGAGAGACAGGAUUCCCGGGGCCCGAGGGACCCCAAGGUGUUGCGGGGAGACCUGGAAAAGAUGGAACUCCUGGAUACAAGGGAUCCGCCGGUCAAACAGGGGACAGAGGAUCCAAAGGAGAACGUGGGGAUCCAGGGAUUCCUGGAGAGAGAGGUGUUCAAGGCGAGAGGGGGCGCUCAGGAGACCCCGGCCCGAUCGGACUGAUCGGACAGCCUGGUCAAAAGGGAGAUCCUGGCCCUCCUGGACGUUUGGAGAAUGGUGAUACCAGCAUCAUGGAAGAACUCAAAAGGUUCAUCAGAGAAGAAGUGCUGAGGGUCUUGGAAGAGAAGCAAUCGAGCACUGCCGGGCUGCAGAAGAUACCUGCGGGGAUCUUAGCUUCCCAAGUUCAUGGGCCUCCAGGACCCCCUGGAAAAGAUGGAUUACCAGGACCGCCGGGAGAGCCUGGACCUCCUGGUCCUCAUGGGUACAGGGGUCAGAAAGGAGAACGAGGUCAGCUGGGUCUGGGGUUACCAGGAGACACAGGAUCCACGGGGCCACAAGGCCCUCCUGGGAUCACUACUCGGGGCCCUCCUGGCUCCCCGGGGCCCCGUGGACCUCCAGGGACAUGCGACCCCAGUGACUGCACCCUUCCACCACUUUGAACCCGGCGCAGCGUUUUCAGGUUCUGACGUCCAGCCACAGAGGAGGAGAAGGUCGGCCUCGCUGUAUGCAACAGCUUCCUCAUAUCAGCUCUGCUUUGGAUCCCUUUACAACAGAAUAUGGACGUCGUCAGGAUUAUUCUUUGAUGGGUUUUGUUUUCAAUGGAAAGAAAGCCUUUCAGUUUUUCUUUUCUUUUUACUUAUAUGUUUAUUGUAUUCAUAUCCCCUACUGUUAUGUAAUUCAUUCCUUGUCAACUCUCAUUAAGGUUUUCAAGACCAUGAAAGGACUUUUUUUCAUCAAGUUCAGUCCUGUCAAGAGAUAUUAUCUUAAGUAUUUGUUUGCCUCCUUAAUGGGCGUGCCUUUUCACUCUUCUGUUCUUAUUCAGAUAAGCCAAUGUGCUGGCAGAAGGUGCAUCUCGUGUGUGUGUGUGUGUGUGUGUGUGUGUGCGUGAGAGAGAGAGAAAUAGAUUAGCUGAAUAAAUAUACUUGUGUCAUCUUUUUAAGACGAAAGUGCAUCACAUGUGUCUGAAAUGGUUAUUUAUUGGAAGGGCGUUCUUCAGGAAUGUAUGUAAAUGUAAUAAUUGUAGUAAAUGUAGCAUGGAUAUUCAGUCACAAUAUUACUAAUAGUUAAUAAAUAUCUGGAUCACAGGGGGUAGAAUGAUUUUCACUGACAAAUUAACAUUUUCCAUGAUGAUAAUUUGGAGAAUCUGACAUAGCUGUCUAUCUGGUGUUAGACGUGUUGGACCGAGCACCAUAUCUUUUGUCGUACUACAACCUACAUUUCAUAAAAACUGAACUGCAACCACUUUGCAUCGAGGGCAGAUUUGAAUAAUGUACUUUAAAUGUUGUUUAUUUAAUGAGUGUGACGUGACCUCACAUUCACCUCAACUAGGGUUUAUUUUGAAUGUUAAACAAUGUUUUCUUCCUUUUUUUUUCUUGCUGUCUAAUGGGGCCUGUAAUGGGACCUGACAAUACAAUUGCAUAAGUUAUCAUUGUAAUUACUUCUCUUAUCAGUGUGUUUGUGUGAGAUGGUGGUUGUUAACAUUUACUGUUUACAUAGUGUUGUGUAUGAUGAUUCCUUUGAUUUAUUCGUAUAUUUUUGAUUUACAGCUACAAAAGGAGAUCGGACUACUACACUUUGACCCCUAGACAUUUUUUUUUGUGUGCUAAUUAUUUUACUUGAACUUUCUAAUUGUUUUUAAAUGUUUCAUGGUCUACAUUCUGUGUUUUGCACUUACUGUCCAUUACUGUGUGUCACUAUGUAUUGCCUCACAAUUUGGAUCUAUUUAUUUUAAAGCCAUUUUAAUGCAGAUUAUUCAGAUAACCACUACAAUCCCUAUCUGCAAAACGUAUUUAUUAUUUCUUCACAUUAUCAGUUAAGAUCUGUACUGGACAUAAGUCUUCAGGUAUCUUUUAUAUCAAAUACAAAAAAAAAAAAUUUUGCCCAGCAUGCAGGCUUAGUUUUACCUCUGCUAAGUUGUAUCCUUGUGAGUGGGUCUAAAUUCAGAUUGGUGUGGAAUCAAAUGUCCGCCGCUGCCUUCAUUUGUGAGUCUGAAGAGCCCCCUGCUGGACCUGCCACAGUUCUCUUCUCUUUGCUUGUGUUGGGAAUGUGAAAACAUUAUUUCUUUGGGUUAUGGGCUUCUUCUGUUGGCUUCUGCCCUUUCCAUCGUGCCAUUUUAUUAUUUGGUUUAAUGAUUUCCCCUUGGAGACAAUAACACUGACCUUGACCAAAAUUCAAAUGAGGCCGCAUUAGUGGACUAAUGUGAUCUUAACUUUUUGGUGUACUGAUGAGAGCAACUCUGCGCAUAAUGAAUUUAGCUUUAAGUGAUAUUAAUGCGCGUUGGUUUGUGACUUCAAUUUAGCUAAACUGUAUGAUAAUGAGGAAUGACACAAAAUUGCUGCUUAUGUCACAGCCCACUUCAUUGGCAAUUUGGUGCCGGACAUGUUCGCAGCGCUCCGAGUUCAGAUCCAUUUAUUUGGAGUAUAAAAUAUCAGAUAAAAGCAAACUCAUAAGACAGAGGUCGGAGCAUCCUUCAAUCAAAUGCUGUUAAUCAUCCAAAGAUAGGCUUAUCAAAUGAGGCAAACAUUCUUUAAAACAAUGCGUUUGAUACUUUUGCAUACGUUAAUAUUGCUUUUUUUUUAACCGUAAUUUAAAUUGAUCCUGUUGCAGCAUACAAUCUAACCCUGUAAUAAGCUUUUAAUCUGGAGUAUUGAUCAUGAAUCAAAAACGUCUGCCUGCUGCCUUCGCUCUUACUCCUCUCUGCUCGUUUAUCAGCGCACGUCCUGUUGCGGGACUAUAAUGUGUGUUUUUGUUCUGUUUUAAUAUCUACCUCAGUCUUGGUUCACCACAUGUCUACAGGAUCAGCCAUCAUAGGAGAAAAGGAAAUAACACAAACUGUUUGCCUGUCACUGAACAAAGUAACAGAAACCUCACUUGUAUGUAGAAAGCGACGGUCCUGGAUGUUGACAUCGGUAAACUUGACUUACUGGACCCUCGUUAAACAUUUCAGGGGCAGUAAUGUUCUUGUCCUGUGCAAUGAUCCAGUGUGUGGGGUCACCAGGUAUCAGAGGUUAUAUUUUACAUCUUUCUUUGCGGCAUCUUUUAUUUUCACUGAUUAAUGGCACCUGGCUUACAUGUGUGCAAUAAAUGUUAUUCAGUACUUGA